AUGACUUCAACAUCUUCGACAUCUGUUCAAUUUACUGUGGGAAAACUUGAUGCUGGAAUGGAUCAUCACCUCAUCGAGUUUCCCUCGCUUCUACUUCCACCUGGCGUUUCUUCAGGUAGUAUUGUGAACGUUAGUGUCAAUCGUAAUUACGAGCAAGAAGCAGCUCAGAGUCGAGAGUUUUGGUUACUCCAAGAAGCUAUAUUAAAAGAGUUUGGACAAAAUCCACCAGAAUCGAAUAAAACUAGAUAA